AUGAAGACUCGUGAAGGCAGCAGCAGCGAACCAGUUGCAACCAAAACUCGUCUAGGUUGGUGCGUAUACGGGAGGAAUUCUGGAACUGAAGGAUCAGUUGAGCAGCUGCACAUCCAUGCCUGUGAAGACAUUAGCAACCGCGAAUUACACGAUUCGAUGCGAAAGUUCUUCGCAGUAGAAGAUGCCGUUUUGAAGCAGCAGCUCGAAUCCGAGGAGGACAAACGAGCACGCAGCAUUCUGGAAGCGACAACGGUACGGAGAGGAAAUCGUAUGGAGGCGGGUUUGCUUUGGAGAAAGCACAACGUGAUUUUUCCGGGCAGCUACCAAAUGGCGAUCAGUAGGUUGAGGGGACUGGAAAAACGGUUGGCAAAGGAUCCGGAGUUGCGUAGAAAGGUGAACGAGCAAAUCAAGAGUUACGAGCAGAAGCAGUACGUUCGCAAGGUAACAGUGGAAGAGGUUGCGAAUGCGAACCCUCAGCGUGUGUGGUACCUUCCGUUAGGGGUGGUGACCAAUCCUAAGAAACCCAACAAAAUUCGAAUGGUGUGGGAUGCCGCCGCGAAGGCUGGUGGAGUUUCAUUCAACGACAUGCUUCUCAAGGGGCCGGACCUUCUCGUAUCGCUCGUAGAUGUUUUGCUACGAUUCAGGGAAGGCAAAAUCGCAGUUUGCUCCGAUAUCCGUGAAAUGUUCUUGAGAAUCCUCAUUCGAGAGGUGGAUAAGUGGUCACAGUGCUUCCUAUGGCGUAGCAGUCCGGAAGAUGAAGUGCAGGUCUAUGUGAUCAACGUCGCUAUGUUCGGAGCAACCAGCUCACCAUGCACAGCACAGUUCGUUAAGAAUAAAAACGCUCUUGACUACGCCGAGCUGUAUCCCAGAGCAACAAACGCAAUCAUUAACAACCAUUACGUAGAUGACUUCCUCGACAGUGUCAACUCGGUGGAGGAAGCAGUUCAGCUUGUCAACCAAGUACAGCUUAUUCACGCAGCAGCAGGUUUAGAAUUCGGCAAAAUCCUGUCCAACUCGCAGGAAGUGCUCAAUCGUCUAGGGGAGACUGGAUCGACAGCCAGCAAGUCGCUGAGCCUCGACAAGAAUGAAAUUUACGAACGCGUCUUGGGUGUCGUGUGGGUACCUUCAGCGGAUCAUUUCACCUUCGAUCAGACAGGGCUCAAAGAAGUCUUGGGUAGUAACGGACCGAUUCCAACGAAGAGGCAAGUACUGCGGACCGUGAUGAAACUGUAUGAUCCUUUGGGAUUCGUGGCGCACUUCGUUGUGCAGGGAAAAAUCCUGAUGCAAGAGAUUUGGAGAACGGGUACUGACUGGGAUGAGCCCAUAGCAGAACAACUGUACGAACUAUGGAGUAGAUGGAUCGAGCUGUAUGAGAUGAUCGACGAGGUGAAAGUUCCGCGCUGCUUUUUCGGAAGUCUUCUGCCACAGGAGGUGGACGAAAUCGAGGUCCACGUGUUCACGGAUGCAAGCGUAGCGGCAUGUGCGUGUGUCGCUUACCUGAGAAUGAUGUUCAGCGGAGGUAGCUGGUGUUCGUUGGUAGCAGCAAAAACAAAAGUUACGCCACUUCGGACGCUCUCAAUUCCACGCUUGGAGCUUCAGGCUGCCAUGAUGGGAUCCCGCUUAUUGCAAAACGUGUGUUCGGCGCUAACCCUCAACAUUCGAAAACGGUUCCUUUGGACGGAUUCAGCGACAGUUUUGGCGUGGCUGCGCUCGGAUAGCCGUCGGUACCACCAGUUCGUCGCUUUUCGGGUGGGCGAGAUUCUUUCGCUCACCAGCGUUGAUGAAUGGCACUACGUACCGUCGAAGCUCAACGUGGCAGAUGACGCCACCAAGUGGAAUUCGGGACCAUCGUUUGAUCCAGAAAACCGUUGGUUUCAAGGUCCAUCGUUUCUACGAGAUCCAAAAGGGCAGUGGCCUAAGCAAGCAGCAGAAGUAAGCGAAGCAGACGCGGCAAGCGAAGAACUUCGAAUGGUAGCGGUACACCAAACGACGGUGGAGAUAGUUGAUGCUGAACGUUUUUCAAGCUGGAAUCGUUUAGUCCGUACGAUGGCCUACGUUCACAGGGCGCUACGGUUCUGGAAGCGCACGCUGAGUGAUGCACAAUGGCGACAAGGUCCAGACCAAGAGGAUUUCGAGAAGGCGGAGGAGACACUUUGGCGACAGGCCCAAGCGCAGGCGUAUUCGGAGGAGCUUCACGAGCUGAGCAAGGGUCGCAGCGUUCGGAAACAAAGCUCACUGCAAUCGUUGAUUCCAUUCAUCGAUGAUCACGGAGUCAUUCGGGUAGGAGGUCGGAUUGGAAACGCGCCGCACAUUGCAUACACGGCAAAGUAUCCCGUAAUAUUGCCAAGGGAUCAUCGUAUCACCUUCCUUCUGGUGGAUUCUUUCCACCGGCGGUUCCUUCACGCCAACGGAGAAACAGUCUUAAAUGAACUACGGCAAGGGUUCUACAUACCGAAGCUUCGGACUCUCGUACGUAAAGUCAGCAGAGCUUGUCAACACUGUAAAGUGCUGAAAACUGCUCCGGUGCCACCGCUGAUGGGACCACUGCCAAAGGUACGGUUGACACCAUUCGUUCAGCCGUUUACUUACGUCGGUGUCGAUUAUAUGGGACCUUUCGAAGUCAAAGUCGGACGCAGCGUGGUGAAGAGGUGGAUUUGCCUGUUCACCUGUCUCACAGUGAGGGCGGUUCACCUGAAGCUGGCACACAGCCUUUCAACGACUUCCUGCGUGAUGGCCUUCAGGAGAUUCGUGGCCCGGCGGGGCGCACCGUUGGAAGUCUUUUCCGAUAACGGCACGAACUUUGUAGGAGCGAAUCGCCAGUUGUCUGAAGAGAAGCAGAAGAUCCAGGACAUCGUCGAGGACUGCGCUGCUACAUUCACCAACGCGAACACCCAGUGGCAUUUCAACGUUCCAGCGGCUCCGCACAUGGGAGGACCAUGGGAGCGUAUGGUCAAGUCCGUAAAGGUAGCGAUGAAGGCAGUAUCGGAUAGUCCGCGUCAUCCAAGCGAUGAGGUGUUGGAAACGAUCAUGUUGGAGGCUGAAGCGAUCGUCAACUCGCGACCGCUGACCUACGUUCCCUUGGAGGCAGCAGACGAAGAGGCACUCACGCCAAACCACUUUCUGCUGUAUGGGUCAACCGGUAUCAAGCAACCAGCAACCGAACCUGUGAACGGUAACAUCAUUCGAGACAGCUGGAAGCUUGCGCAGCACAUCGUGGACGAAUUCUGGCGCAGAUGGGUUCGAGAAUAUCUCCCGAUGCUAACGAGGCGUACGAAAUGGUUCGAUGCAGUGAAGCCGCUGGAACCUGGCGAUCUAGUCGUGAUAGUCGACGAAAAUUCGAAGAAUCAUUGGGAGCGAGGACGUAUUUGUGAGACCUUUCCGGACAAAUCUGGGCAGGUGAGGCGUGCUACGGUACAGACAGCUAGAGGAGUGUUCGCUAGACCUGCGGUGAAGCUGGCGGUUCUGGACGUGGCAAGCAACGACAGGAGUACGGAAGCAGUCGCUCCGGAAACGGAAGUGGUUCACGGGUUGGGGGAUAUCGCCGAUACCCCUCGACGCGGCGAAUUGUGGGUGAACCAACUGACCGAACCCUCGCGAGCGAAACGCCAGUGCCGGGCGAAGCGAAUGACAGAUCGAAUGUAA